UUUGCUACUGCUCGUGUUAGUGAAGGUAUCCCUCGUGUAGCUGCUGUUCUUACUGAUGGACGGUCUAAUGAUCCUUCAGCAACAGUACAAGCUGCUCAAGCUGUCCAUAAUGAUGGAAUUUAUGUUUAUUCUUUUGGUAUUGGGAAUCGUAUAAGCUAUGAGGAGCUAGUUGCCAUUGCUUCUACCGGUCAGGGGAAUGUUUUUAAUGUCAGUGGUUUCUCAUCUAGUGAUUUUGGGGGUGUGUUGAGACAGUUACAAGUAUCUACAUGUUCAACUCCAACCAUAUUGGAGACAGGAAUGGAGAUUGCUACUACCCUUCCAAAAGGAUCAUCUCGUUUGUUACAGUAUGAGUUUCCAUCAAUGGGAAUGACACUCAAAGUUGAUAUUACAGUGGGAAAUUUGGUGGUUCGAGGAUCAUUUAGUGUACAAAAUCCAAAUGAACUCACACAAGAUUUCUCUGUCAUGAGCAAUGGAAAUGACAUUGAUUAUUUCAUUAGUCCAGAAUUAAUGAGGCAGUCAACUAAUAAUGAUAAUAAUGAUGGACGCCGUACUAAGAGGCAAGCACCAAUGCCGACUAAUGGUACUGGUGCUAAUGUGUACUUGUCUAUUGUUGGAUUGAAUGAUGACAAUACAUUUGUAUUGAACACUACUUUUGGUGAUACUACUGAGAGCUUUCCAUCAUCUGGUACCAGUGUUCUGGGCUCAAUGGUACUUAUGAUCGUUGCUUUGCUCUGUUUCUUCCUCUUUAUAUGGAUAUGAAAUGCUUGCCUUUGACUUUGUGUGUGUGUGCUUUAAUAUGACUAGGUGUAUAAGCUUAUUUAGUUUGAUUGUUGUUGAUUUACUGCAUAUUUUCCUAGAAAUAAGUAAACUAAUGAUAUUUUCCUUUUUCUUUUUGUCAAUUUUUUAGUCAGCACAAUAAUUUUGCUUUUUAGGUUUUU